GGUCGGGACCUCCCUUCCUCCGGCCCCUUUCCCUCCCCGCGUCCCGCCUCGCCUGGCCCCGUCGCUAGGAGAGGCGGCGCAGGCGCCCUGCGAGGGAAGCGGGCGCCCGGCGCCAUCAUGGGCGUCCCGGGGCUGACGGGCUUCGUGGGCGAGCGCGGGGCGUUCUUCACCGAGCUGCGGCUGCGGGACACCAAGCUGGUCAUCGACGGGAGCAGCCUCUACCACCGGCUGUGCUUCUCCUCCGCCGCCGAAUUCCGCCGCGGCGGCGACUACGGCGCUUUGGCGGCGACCGUGCGCCGUUUCUUCGGCAGCCUACGGGCUUGCGGCGUCGCCGCCGUCGUGGUGCUGGACGGCGGGCGCGGCGCGGCCGAUCGCAAGCUGCCCACCCUGCGGGACCGCGCCGCCGAGCGGCUGCGGGCUGCCCACGGGCUGUCCCGGGGCCAGGGCGGCUGCCUGCUGCCGCUGCUGGCCCGCCACACCUUCGUGCAGGCGCUGCGCCGGCUGCGCGUCCCGUUCGUGCAGUGCUUCGCCGAGGCCGACCGCGAGAUCGCCGCCCUGGCCAGCCGCUGGGGCUGCCCCGUGCUGUCCCUCGACAGCGAUUUCUGCGUCUUCGACCUGCCCGGGGGCUACUGCCCGCUCAGCCGCUUCCAGUGGCAGGAGGUGUGCCCCGGGGACGGGGCGCCGGGCUGUUUCAUCCCCGCGCUGUGCUUCUCCGCCGACAGCUUCUGCGGCCGCUUCGGCCGCCUGCAGAAGAGCCUGCUGCCGCUCUUCGCCGUCCUCUGCGGGAACGACUACGGCGAGGUGCCGGCCCUCCAGGGCUUCUUCGGCAAGCUGCCCCUGCCGGCCGGCAGCCCCGGGGGGCGGCGGGGCAAGCACGGCCUCAUGCGGGGCCUGCUGGAGUGGCUGGCGCAGUUCUCCGGGCCCGCAGAGGCCGUGGAGCACGUUGUGAGGCACCUGAAGGAACACCGGAGAGAAGAGGUGAGGGAGCUCCUGUGCAGUUCCAUGGAGGACUACGCGCCGUCCGACGUGAACCUGGAGGACUUUUUUCAGGGUGGGAAGUACGAAUGCGAGGCGGCCAGGAACUCGGGGUUGCCACAGUGGGUGCUUGAUGGCUUGGCGAAAGGUGAGCUGUCCCCAUUCCUCAGCGAUGCCCUGAUACUAAGAAGUACCUUCCUCCACGUUCAGGUGGAGAACAUGCAGAGGCCUAGCGCGCACAGCACAGCGCUGCCCAUCCGACAGGUUAUCUACGGACUGCUCCUGAAGGCAUCUCAAAGCUUGGAAGCUGCUUCUGCGAGUAAGCAGGCCAACAAGCCGCCAGGUGUGUUUGAAUUCGACAGAAUCCAAAAGACGCUUAAAAAAACUUUUGUUCAAGCAGCAAACCUACCCCCGCGCUUUUGCGAUGAUCAUUUUUCUUUGGACAAGUUAACGGAGGUGCCUAUGUCACGCCGUCAGAUGCUUUUGCUGGAGACUUUAGGAGUGAAAAUGAGUUUCCUAGAAUCUAUCCCCAGUCACUUACAGCUCCCUGUUGCUGUAACCUGUUAUUGGACGUGUUGUUCAGAACCAAAAGUAAAAUUGCUUCAAUUAAAGGCUCUACUUCUAACGAUAGUAUCCGGAGAACUUGACAGGGUAACUAAUGAUCCAGAUUCCACAGCUUUACAUGAAGAUGACAGUAUUGCAUAUAACCAAUUCCUGAAAUGGAAGGAAAAGAAAUUGCAAAAUAAAGACUUUGAUUUAGAUGCUGCACACAGUUUCUGCCAGUGGCAGUGCUGCCUUCAGAUGGGAUUGUAUCUCAACCAGCUACUCUCCACUCCUCUCUCAGAGCCAGACUUAAGUAGGCUUUAUAGUGGGACCCUUGUGCACAGUCUGUAUCAAGAGCUUAAAUCAACACCUUCAGUGGAAAAUCUGUUCGGUUCAUCUCCAAAAAUGACUCAGCUUUAUCAGGUUUUGUUGAAUACAGUGAAGUCAAGUGUAUCUCCGGACUUCUUUCAGAAGGUGACAGAGACCAAGUCUGAGUCCCGCAAAAAGAAGAAAGCAUCUAAAAAGACAAAGGCCAUCAGGCGUCCCAUACCAGAAACUCAGUAUUUAUGUGAUGUUAAUAGGUUUGCAUCACUUGGAGUGGAUGACUGAAAGCAUUAUUACUAGAAUAAUUUCACCUAUGAAGAUAGAAAUUAUAUUUCAAUAUGUGACUGUAUUGGAAUUUGCUUUGCUGUUUUCAUACAAGUUCCCAGUUCAUCUUUACCAAGAAGUCUUCCUUCAGGGAUGUAGUAUUUUUGUAACCGAGGCUCUUAUAAAAAAGGUGCUACAUGUAAGUUGUAUUGCUUUCUGUUUUUCUGCGUGUGUGUGGUUUUGGUUGUUUUUAUAAAAUACUAAUCAAAAAUGAGGGUAAAGAAGUUUAGCAUUUCAGAGCUGGACUACUUUAAAGUAAUUGUCUUCCUGAACGUUUAUAGUUCACUGUCUCUCCAACUUCCUGAACACUUCUAACUUUGAAAAAAAUAGUUUUUAAAGUUCAUGUUUGAGGAACAAUUGUCUGUGCUGUUAUAUGAUUACGGUUUUACAGAUCAGAGCAAACUGGAAAUCCACAUUUUAAAAAACAUUGUCUUUACAGGUAGAAUAUUUGUACUUUCAGUGAGGUAAUUUUCAUCAGUGAAAACCGAUUAAGUUGUGCUUGCAGCAUUGUAAGUACUGAAGCAUGUUCAGAAGCUUCAGCAGAAGCAGCAAUUUUCCCCUUUCCACUUGGCAUAUUUAAAUAGCAGUUAAGUACCUACAUAGAUACAUAAAGUUACAUGGUAACAAAUUACAGCAGGCUUGCUAAUUCGGAGUAAUUGUGUACAAUCUGCUGUCAUUUGUAUUAACCUUUCUUUAACAGCUAUACAGACCUGCUUUAAGCUGCCCCAGCGUACACUAAGUUACUUUGCAAACCCUUACUCUCAGUAUGGUAAUGUUGAAAAACAGUUAAUACAAAAAAUCCUACAUUGU